CUUUCCGUUGGUUAACUUUGAAAAAAUGAGCUCAGCGAACACUUGGAUAGACUCCUGAUGGUUUUAAACAACAGGAUUCAUAGAAAUAUGGUAGCUAUGGUCUGUUCGUGUGCUUUGAGACUUGGUGCGUGAACUCUACGACUCAACCAAUAGGUCUCCUUAAGACUUUAAAUCUUCCCACUGGAUCCUGGAGGGCACAAACUUUAUCAAGGUGAUCAUCAUGGUGAUGUCGCAGGGGACCUAUACGUUUUUGGCAUGCUUUGCCGGCUUCUGGCUGAUCUGGGCUCUCAUUGUCAUGCUUUGCUGCUUUUGCAGCUUCGCUCAGCGCAAGCUGAAGCGGCGGCGUGAAGAGAGACUGAGGGAACAGUGCCUGCGGGCGCUGGAGAUGGAGCCUCUGGACUGCACCGGAGGAGGAUACCCUCCUAGAGAACCCCCUCAGUUCUGCCCUCCACUUCAAAUGUUGUCUCCACAGCUGCCUGUUACACACACUCUCCCUCAAGCAAACUGGACUGUCUCUGAAGCAGACACAGAUGUCUUUGGAAAACCUCCAUGCUAUGAAGAGGCCGUAUUGAUGGAGGACCCACCGCCCCCUUACAGUGAAGUUCUGUCGGACCCCAGGGGAGGAACUUACACCAAACCUACAACCAGGUUCUCCAGGGAGCACCAAGAGUCUGAGACCAGCAAGAUGGCCCCCGUGACCGUUUUUCCCGAACGUGGCUACUCGUCCCUCAUACGCCUACCUUCGGCCAGACGCUGGGACUCGCUGGGGCACCUCCUGUCCACCAUGGACCACAACCACAACAACAUGCCAGUCGAGCCCCAGGCCUCUGCCAUCGCCACCAUGCCUCGCGAGGGCCGGACUCACACAGACUUGGGCUUGAGGGGACUCCGCAGUCUGGAUCAACACUAUGGUUUGCCCACCGCCUUUCCCCUUUUGGGUCGAAGCACAGCGGUAUGAGCCCACAAAAAUAGACCUCACAAUGCUGAGUCAUAUGUGGUCUGAAGAGUCUGCCAGAGGCGUUUCGAAUGUUGUCUUUUGGGG